AUGCGUAAAUCUGCAGAAGAAAUCACAAAACCUCAAGAACAAAUCCAAUCUUUUCAAAUUGAACAGAAUCAAACACAAGAAAACAUUAAUCAUUCACGAGAUCUUUUAAAUAAAAUCUCAUCACUUAAGGAAUCUGAUGAUUUUGAUAGUGUUUACAAAUUCUUUGAAGAACUUUCUUCUAAAGGCAAUCGCGAAAUUAUCUCAAAGGCUUGUGAAGAAGGACUUUGGAAGAAGACAAACUGGCUUAAAGCUAAUGUACUUCAUGUUGCAAGUGACAAAAGAAAUCUUAAUCUUGUCAAAUCACUUAUUGAAUGUGACUGUGAUAAAGAAACAAAGUCUAAUAAUGGAUGGACUCCACUCAUUUAUGCAUCAUAUGAUGGUCAUCUUGAAGUUGUUAAAUAUCUUAUCUCAGUUGGAGCUGAUAAAGAUGCAAAGAAUAAGUAUGGAAAAACUCCACUCAUUUUUGCAUCACAAUAUGGUCAACUUGAAGUUGUUAAAUAUCUUAUCUCAGUUGGAGCUGAUAAAGAUGCAAAGAGUAAGUAUGGAAAAACUCCACUCAUUUUUGCAUCACAAUAUGGUCAACCUGAAGUUGUUAAAUAUCUUAUCUCAGUUGGAGCUGAUAAAGAUGCAAAGAAUAAAAAUGGAUGGACUCCACUUUACAUUGCAAAAAGUAAUGUAAGAGAUUAUCUAAUAUCUAUUGGAGCUAAGUAA